UAGUUACGUCAUUACAUAAUUCUAAAGACCUGAUUCCACAAGCUAACUACCUAGCUACCCUUCGUCUUUGAUCGCCUCACAUAUACCAGUUUAGGUGGCAACAAUUUCACAAUUAAGAUAGCUAUGAAGCAGUAUUAUUCGGUGUGACAAACGAAUUUCAGAUGAGCAAGAUGGCUACAUAACAUCAGUGUUAUAAAUUUAGCUACUUGUCUAUAGACUUGUAUCAUGUAAGCGUCUGAGCAAGCGACCUGCGCUUUACUAUAGAAAUUGGAAAACAAGUACAAACAAGUUAACCAAAAUGGAUUACUCGGCGACCCCGAGUGGGUUCAGACAGCGUAAGUUACAGCCCAAAGUCAGAAUGAGGAACCAGGUGUCAGACGCGGUGGACCACACCCAGCUCUUUGACGACACCAGCGCGGGGGCACGGCCCCCUGGCUACAGGGGCCAGGAAACGCCAGGGAUGGGCUACCCAGGCCAGGCCUUGCUGUCGGACCCCAUGUCCAACCUCGCCAUGGCCUACGGGAGCAGUCUGGCUAGCCAAGGGAAAGAAAUGGUCGACAAAAAUCUUGACCGCUUCAUCCCCAUAUCCAAGUUGAAGUACUACUUUGCGGUGGACACUGUUUACGUGGGCAAAAAGCUGGGCCUCCUCGUCUUCCCUUACAUGCACCAGAACUGGGAGGUGAGUUACCAGCAAGACACCCCAGUGGCUCCCCGAUUUGAUAUCAACGCCCCCGACCUCUACAUUCCAGCAAUGGCUUUCAUCACUUACAUCCUGGUGGCAGGUUUAGCGCUGGGAACUCAGAAUAGGUUUACCCCAGAGAUCCUGGGCAUGCAGGCCAGCUCGGCCCUGGUGUGGCUUAUCAUCGAGGUCCUGGCCACUUUACUCAGCCUUUAUCUGGUCACUGUCAACACGGACCUCACCACCAUCGACCUCAUCGCCUUCUCUGGGUACAAGUACGUGGGAAUGAUUGUGGGAGUUGUGGCUGGGCUGCUGUUUGGGAGGACUGGGUAUUACUUGAUGCUGCUUUGGUGCUGUGCAUCCAUCUUUGUGUUUAUGAUCCGCACGCUGAGGCUGAAGAUCCUUUCGGAAGCGGCAGCAGAAGGCGUUCUGGUCCGAGGGGCGAAGAACCAGCUGCGGAUGUACCUGACCAUGGCUAUUGCAGCAGCGCAACCGAUCUUCAUGUACUGGCUGACCUUUCACCUGGUCAGAUAAGAUAGAUGGCUGAAGGGACACACCGACAAGGCACUACCCCUAACCCCAGACCCCCCCACCAAAAAAAAGAAAGACACUCUCCCCUCACCUUCUUGAUUCCCAAGAAACAAGGCUCUAGCAUGCAAGAAGUCAAACAUCGUCGUAGAGGCAGCAUUGCCGAGUUUCACAGCACAAGUCUACAAUAUCUCAACCCUUUUUAUUUUGUACCAUGAUGUUCGAUUUAUAAUGUAAAUGUUCAGU